AUGCACUCUUUUAACGCCAUCCUUGAUGCAAUACCUGAAACAUCAAAGGCAAAAGACGAAGAAUCAAGGAAGGUAGAUUAUCUAACAUCAUCUUCGUCUGCUCGAAGCACUUCGAGUUCUGAUAGUUGGACAGACGCAGAAUCACAUGCAUAUAGUCGUGUUAAGGAUUUAAGCGAAGGAGAAAAUGCUAAGCAGAGUAAACGCAAAGUAACAUCAAACCCUACAGAGAAGAGUCGAAAAUAUAAAAGAAACUUAAACCAACAACAAUUAUCUCAGCGUCUGAAUUCUAAAGAAUUACGGCCUACUCGUCCAUCGGUUGCACUUAAGCGCAGAUUAUCUCUGGAUUCAUCUGAACAUUCUCAAAAGACCACUGACAUGUUAAUAGAACGCGAUCAGGAAGAAAUCAAAACGCUAAUAAGAGAGUUAAUCGAGGCUUCAUUUGUUGGAAUCCGCAACAGACACCCCAUGAGCGAAUACCAAAUGCAAUUGAUUCAUCUAUCUCUCUGUGAUCUUAUUGAAAAUAUAAACAUAAAAGGAUCGGGACCGAGUUUCUCAGGCUUUAUUCACAAAACUGAUUGGAUCAUAAUUGUUUGUGACAAUUCGGAGAGUGAGCGGUGGUUAAAAAAAGCUAUACCUACCUUGAAACCAUGGCCGGACGCAGAAUUGUCUAUUAUAGAAACACGGGACAUACCAAUCAUCAUAACAGGAACCGCAUACAUUCCAUACAGCGAAGCUUUAACUAUCAGUACCGCUUUUCAUUUGUUGAACAUUCAAAAUCGAGGUCUGAACACAGAACACUGGAGAAUGGUGAGUGUUAGGCCUGAAACGUUUGGUCAAACUGUAACAUUCACUCUGGAUCAUGAUUCCGCUGAGGUCUUACGAAGUCUAAACGGUCGCAUCACACUUGGCUUCGAGAAGAUCAAAAUUGAAAUAGAGAGUAAUGUCAGUGAAACUCUAGAUGACCCCGUACCAGGACCUUCGGGAAUCACUCCAAAGCGUCGAAGAACGGAAAAUCUGUAAUAGACAAAUAUUUAAAAAGAAUUUACAUUACAAUCCGAAAAUUCAACGUGUUUUCUGUUUGUACUAACUAAUACCAAUUCAAAAUUGUUAAACAAAAAAUGGGAUAUCAUGAGUAAACAACAACUUGUAAGCUCACAGUAAAACACGGUUUCUAAACAUCGCAAUUACAACAAACAUAUUGGUUUCAAGUAACAUUUAAUUUAUAUUAAUUAUUUUAUGUUUUAAUUAAUUAUCUGAUUGGAUUAAUAAUAAUAAUUUGAACUGUUUUAGUUUGAGUGGGAUGAGAGGAAUGAAAUUUUAAUGUAAUUUUCUAAUUUACUUACUCUUCAUUUAUUUACUGGAUCGAUAUAGUAUUUUAACAGUAUUUAUAGGUAUAUAUUGCCUCGGUUUGCAAGCUGUGGAAAACAUCUGUCAAGGCUUUAAUGAGCAAGAAUUUCACAUGACCACGACUGUUCUGCCAAGAGCAACCGAUUAUGAUGAUAUUAUAACUCACUUAUUUUAAAUUCAUUCAAUUUAGAUAAUGUGUUCGUCAUUGUAAUUUAUAAAUUUGUUAGUUUUGUUAUAAAUGUCCAUAACGUAAACCUUCCCAAUGUAAUCAUUAUUUGUAUAUUUGUUUUUAUAUUUUGUAAAAUAAUACUUAGUUAUUUUAAAGUAUGUGCUUAUUAAGUUAAAAUAACAAUAAAUAAAUAAAAAUAAUUUUCCAAUAAUCAAACCUCAAUCAGUGCCGUCAAAUUGUAUUUGAUAGACCCAAAUAGUUAAAUGUCAAUGUUAAAUUCGUAAUGAUUAAAUUCGUGCAUAUGCCACUAACAAAAUAUUUGUAGAAAACACGGUUUAUAUUUCAACGAUGAUAUUAUCAUGAUUAUAAUCAUAACAAUAGCACCAUGUCGAGGUUAGAUUAUUGCAUGGGACACAAGACGACCUUACCUCCUCGUGUGCUAAGCCAUUUUGGGUACCUGUUGAUCUGAGUCUCCCGGUACUUAAAAUGGAUAGCCGGUGUGUCCUGGGUCACAGUUAGUAACUUUGUAUAAUAUGUCUAACAAACAAAUGGGGAAUCAAUUUCGGCCCAAAUAAAUCAGGUUCUUACGUUUCAUAUGAUGAUCAAUUCUUUUUAUCGAAAAUCUAUUUCGUGGUAAGAAUUAAUAUUAAAAUUUGUUAUCUCAGUUCAGUUGAUUACUUAAAAUGAAUAAGAAGUAACAUUUUCAAAUCUCAGUUAAAAUAUUUGACUCUAUUCCCGUGACAUUAUUAUGCAAUCUUGCUAAUUGUGGGCGAAAUGGGUCGUCCCUAAUCUAAGGUGUGAAACGAACCGUGCCGAUAGAUGCGUGGCUGAGAAGGAGCUCAGUCUUGAACGGUGUGUCUUCGAUACCUGGGCACCUCGAAGAACUAUUAACGCCCUCCUUAUGGCAUGCCAGGCUCUGCUGUUUGUGAAAUUGUAUUCCUGCGCUACUCGUGGGAACUAUAUCGGAGUCAGACAACAAUAACGAAUAUGAUAUGCACUCUUUUAAUGCCAUCCUUGAUGAAAUACCUGGAACAUCAAAGGCAAAAGACGAAGAAUCAAGGAAGGUAGAUUAUCUAACAUCAUCUUCGUCUGCUCGAAGCACUUCGAGUUCUGAUAGUUGGACAGACGCAGAAUCACAUGCAUAUAGUCGUGUUAAGGAUUUAAGCGAAGGAGAAAAUGCUAAGCAGAGUAAACGCAAAGUAACAUCAAACCCUACAGAGAAGAGUCGAAAAUAUAAAAGAAACUUAAACCAACAACAAUUAUCUCAGCGUCUGAAUUCUAAAGAAUUACGGCCUACUCGUCCAUCGGUUGCACUUAAGCGCAGAUUAUCUCUGGAUUCAUCUGAACAUUCUCAAAAGACCACUGACAUGUUAAUAGAACGCGAUCAGGAAGAAAUCAAAACGCUAAUAAGAGAGUUAAUCGAGGCUUCAUUUGUUGGAAUCCGCAACAGACACCCCAUGAGCGAAUACCAAAUGCAAUUGAUUCAUCUAUCUCUCUGUGAUCUUAUUGAAAAUAUAAACAUAAAAGGAUCGGGACCGAGUUUCUCAGGCUUUAUUCACAAAACUGAUUGGAUCAUAAUUGUUUGUGACAAUUCGGAGAGUGAGCGGUGGUUAAAAAAAGCUAUACCUACCUUGAAACCAUGGCCGGACGCAGAAUUGUCUAUUAUAGAAACACGGGACAUACCAAUCAUCAUAACAGGAACCGCAUACAUUCCAUACAGCGAAGCUUUAACUAUCAGUACCGCUUUUCAUUUGUUGAACAUUCAAAAUCGAGGUCUGAACACAGAACACUGGAGAAUGGUGAGUGUUAGGCCUGAAACGUUUGGUCAAACUGUAACAUUCACUCUGGAUCAUGAUUCCGCUGAGGUCUUACGAAGUCUAAACGGUCGCAUCACACUUGGCUUCGAGAAGAUCAAAAUUGAAAUAGAGAGUAAUGUCAGUGAAACUCUAGAUGACCCCGUACCAGGACCUUCGGGAAUCACUCCAAAGCGUCGAAGAACGGAAAAUCUGUAAUAGACAAAUAUUUAAAAAGAAUUUACAUUACAAUCCGAAAAUUCAACGUGUUUUCUGUUUGUACUAACUAAUACCAAUUCAAAAUUGUUAAACAAAAAAUGGGAUAUCAUGAGUAAACAACAACUUGUAAGCUCACAGUAAAACACGGUUUCUAAACAUCGCAAUUACAACAAACAUAUUGGUUUCAAGUAACAUUUAAUUUAUAUUAAUUAUUUUAUGUUUUAAUUAAUUAUCUGAUUGGAUUAAUAAUAAUAAUUUGAACUGUUUUAGUUUGAGUGGGAUGAGAGGAAUGAAAUUUUAAUGUAAUUUUCUAAUUUACUUACUCUUCAUUUAUUUACUGGAUCGAUAUAGUAUUUUAACAGUAUUUAUAGGUAUAUAUUGCCUCGGUUUGCAAGCUGUGGAAAACAUCUGUCAAGGCUUUAAUGAGCAAGAAUUUCACAUGACCACGACUGUUCUGCCAAGAGCAACCGAUUAUGAUGAUAUUAUAACUCACUUAUUUUAAAUUCAUUCAAUUUAGAUAAUGUGUUCGUCAUUGUAAUUUAUAAAUUUGUUAGUUUUGUUAUAAAUGUCCAUAACGUAAACCUUCCCAAUGUAAUCAUUAUUUGUAUAUUUGUUUUUAUAUUUUGUAAAAUAAUACUUAGUUAUUUUAAAGUAUGUGCUUAUUAAGUUAAAAUAACAAUAAAUAAAUAAAAAUAAUUUUCCAAUAAUCAAACCUCAAUCAGUGCCGUCAAAUUGUAUUUGAUAGACCCAAAUAGUUAAAUGUCAAUGUUAAAUUCGUAAUGAUUAAAUUCGUGCAUAUGCCACUAACAAAAUAUUUGUAGAAAACACGGUUUAUAUUUCAACGAUGAUAUUAUCAUGAUUAUAAUCAUAACAAUAGCACCAUGUCGAGGUUAGAUUAUUGCAUGGGACACAAGACGACCUUACCUCCUCGUGUGCUAAGCCAUUUUGGGUACCUGUUGAUCUGAGUCUCCCGGUACUUAAAAUGGAUAGCCGGUGUGUCCUGGGUCACAGUUAGUAACUUUGUAUAAUAUGUCUAACAAACAAAUGGGGAAUCAAUUUCGGCCCAAAUAAAUCAGGUUCUUACGUUUCAUAUGAUGAUCAAUUCUUUUUAUCGAAAAUCUAUUUCGUGGUAAGAAUUAAUAUUAAAAUUUGUUAUCUCAGUUCAGUUGAUUACUUAAAAUGAAUAAGAAGUAACAUUUUCAAAUCUCAGUUAAAAUAUUUGACUCUAUUCCCGUGACAUUAUUAUGCAAUCUUGCUAAUUGUGGGCGAAAUGGGUCGUCCCUAAUCUAAGGUGUGAAACGAACCGUGCCGAUAGAUGCGUGGCUGAGAAGGAGCUCAGUCUUGAACGGUGUGUCUUCGAUACCUGGGCACCUCGAAGAACUAUUAACGCCCUCCUUAUGGCAUGCCAGGCUCUGCUGUUUGUGAAAUUGUAUUCCUGCGCUACUCGUGGGAACUAUAUCGGAGUCAGACAACAAUAACGAAUAUGAUAUGCACUCUUUUAAUGCCAUCCUUGAUGAAAUACCUGGAACAUCAAAGGCAAAAGACGAAGAAUCAAGGAAGGUAGAUUAUCUAACAUCAUCUUCGUCUGCUCGAAGCACUUCGAGUUCUGAUAGUUGGACAGACGCAGAAUCACAUGCAUAUAGUCGUAUUAAGGACUUAAGCGAGGGAGAAAAUGCUAAGAAGAGUAAAUGCAAAACAACAUCAAACCCUACAGAGAAGAGCCGAAAAUAUAAAAGAAACUUAAACCAACAACGAUUAUCUCAGCCUCUGAAUUCUAAAGAAGUACGGCCUACUCGUCCAUCGGUUGUACUUAAGCGCAGAUUGUCUCUGGAUUCAUCUGAACAUUUUCAAAAGACCACUGACAUGUUAAUAGAACGCGAUCAGGAAGAAAUCAAAACGCAAAUGAGAGAGUUAAUCGAGGCUUCAUCUAUUGGAAUCCGCAACAAAUACCCCAUGAGCGAAUACCAAAUGCAAUUGAUUCAUCUAUCUCUCUGUGAUCUUAUUGAAAAUAUAAACAUAAAAGGAUCGGGACCGAGUUUCUCAGGCUUUAUUCACAAAACUGAUUGGAUCAUAAUUGUUUGUGACAAUUCGGAGAGUGAGCGGUGGUUAAAAAAAGCUAUACCUACCUUGAAACCAUGGCCGGACGCAGAAUUGUCUAUUAUAGAAACACGGGACAUACCAAUCAUCAUAACAGGAACCGCAUACAUUCCAUACAGCGAAGCUUUAACUAUCAGUACCGCUUUUCAUUUGUUGAACAUUCAAAAUCGAGGUCUGAACACAGAACACUGGAGAAUGGUGAGUGUUAGGCCUGAAACGUUUGGUCAAACUGUAACAUUCACUCUGGAUCAUGAUUCCUCUGAGGUCUUACGAAGUCUAAACGGUCGCAUCACACUUGGCUUCGAGAAGAUCAAAAUUGAAAUAGAGAGUAAUGUCAGUGAAACUCUAGAUGACCCCGUACCAGGACCUUCGGGAAUCACUCCAAAGCGUCGAAGAACGGAAAAUCUGUAAUAGACAAAUAUUUAAAAAGAAUUUACAUUACAAUCCGAAAAUUCAACGUGUUUUCUGUUUGUACUAACUAAUACCAAUUCAAAAUUGUUAAACAAAAAAUGGGAUGUCAUGAGUAAACAACAACUUGUAAGCUCACAGUAAAACACGGUUUCUAAACAUCGCAAUUACAACAAACAUAUUGGUUUCAAGUAACAUUUAAUUUAUAUUAAUUAUUUUAUGUUUUAAUUAAUUAUCUGAUUAGAUUAAUAAUAAUAAUUUGAACUGUUUUAGUUUGAGUGGGAUGAGAGGAAUGAAAUUUUAAUGUAAUUUUCUAAUUUACUUACUCUUCGUUUAUUUACUGGAUCGACAUAGUAUUUUAACAGUAUCUAUAUAAUUCACUUAUUUUAAAUUCAUUUAAUUUAGAUAAUGUGUUCGUUAUUGUAAUUUAUACAUUUAUUAGUUUUGUUAUCAAUGUCCAUGGCAUAAAACUUCCCAUUGUAAUCAUUAUUUGUAUAUUUGUUUUUAAAUUUUGUAAAAUAUUAGUUAAUUACUUAUUAUAAAGUAUGUCCUUAUUAUGUUUAAAUAACAAUAAAUAAAUAAAAAUAAUUUUCCAAUAAUCAAACCUCAAUCAAUGCCGUCAAAUUGUAUUUGAUAGACCCAAACAGUUAAAUGUCAAUGUUAAAUUCGUAAUUAUGAAAUUCGUGAAAAUACCACUAACAAAAUAUUUGUAGAAAACACGGUUUAUAUUUCAACGAUGAUAUUAUCAUGAUUAUAAUCAUAACAAGAGUACCAUGUCGAGGUUAGAUUAUUGCACGGGACACAAGACGACCUUACCUCCUCGUGUGCUAAGCCAUUUUGGGUACCUGUUGAUUCGAGUCUCCCGGUACUUAAAAUGGAUAGCCGGUGUGUCCUGGGUCACAGUUAGUAACUUUGUAUAAUAUGUCUAACAAACCAAUGGGGAAUAUAUUUCGGCCCAAAAAAACAUCAGGUUCUUACGUUUCAUAUGAUGAUCAUUUUUUUUUAUCGAAAAUCUAUUUCGUGGUAAGAAUGAAUGUAAAAAUUUGUUAUCUCAGUUCAGUUGAUUACUUAAAAUGAAUAAGAAGUAACAUUUUCAAAUCUCAGUUAAAAUAUUUGCCUCUAUUCCCGUGACAUUAUUAUGCAAUCUUGCUAAUUGUGGGCGAAAUGGGUCGUCCCUAAUCUAAGGUGUGAAACGAACCGUGCCGAUAGAUGCGUGGCUGAGAAGGAGCUCAGUCUUGAACGGUGUGUCUUCGAUACCUGGGCACCUCGAAGAACUAUUAACGCCCUCCUUAUGGCAUGCCAGGCUCUGCUGUUUGUGAAAUUGUAUACCUGCGCUACUCGUGGGAACUAUAUCGGAGUCAGACAACAAUAACGAAUAUGAUAUGCACUCUUUUAACGCCAUCCUUGAUGCAAUACCUGAAACAUCAAAGGCAAAAGACGAAGAAUCAAGGAAGGUAGAUUAUCUAACAUCAUCUUCGUCUGCUCGAAGCACUUCGAGUUCUGAUAGUUGGACAGACGCAGAAUCACAUGCAUAUAGUCGUGUUAAGGAUUUAAGCGAAGGAGAAAAUGCUAAGCAGAGUAAACGCAAAGUAACAUCAAACCCUACAGAGAAGAGUCGAAAAUAUAAAAGAAACUUAAACCAACAACAAUUAUCUCAGCGUCUGAAUUCUAAAGAAGUACGGCCUACUCGUCCAUCGGUUGCACUUAAGCGCAGAUUAUCUCUGGAUUCAUCUGAACAUUCUCAAAAGACCACUGACAUGUUAAUAGAACGCGAUCAGGAAGAAAUCAAAACGCUAAUAAGAGAGUUAAUCGAGGCUUCAUUUGUUGGAAUCCGCAACAGACACCCCAUGAGCGAAUACCAAAUGCAAUUGAUUCAUCUAUCUCUCUGUGAUCUUAUUGAAAAUAUAAACAUAAAAGGAUCGGGACCGAGUUUCUCAGGCUUUAUUCACAAAACUGAUUGGAUCAUAAUUGUUUGUGACAAUUCGGAGAGUGAGCGGUGGUUAAAAAAAGCUAUACCUACCUUGAAACCAUGGCCGGACGCAGAAUUGUCUAUUAUAGAAACACGGGACAUACCAAUCAUCAUAACAGGAACCGCAUACAUUCCAUACAGCGAAGCUUUAACUAUCAGUACCGCUUUUCAUUUGUUGAACAUUCAAAAUCGAGGUCUGAACACAGAACACUGGAGAAUGGUGAGUGUUAGGCCUGAAACGUUUGGUCAAACUGUAACAUUCACUCUGGAUCAUGAUUCCGCUGAGGUCUUACGAAGUCUAAACGGUCGCAUCACACUUGGCUUCGAGAAGAUCAAAAUUGAAAUAGAGAGUAAUGUCAGUGAAACUCUAGAUGACCCCGUACCAGGACCUUCGGGAAUCACUCCAAAGCGUCGAAGAACGGAAAAUCUGUAAUAGACAAAUAUUUAAAAAGAAUUUACAUUACAAUCCGAAAAUUCAACGUGUUUUCUGUUUGUACUAACUAAUACCAAUUCAAAAUUGUUAAACAAAAAAUGGGAUAUCAUGAGUAAACAACAACUUGUAAGCUCACAGUAAAACACGGUUUCUAAACAUCGCAAUUACAACAAACAUAUUGGUUUCAAGUAACAUUUAAUUUAUAUUAAUUAUUUUAUGUUUUAAUUAAUUAUCUGAUUGGAUUAAUAAUAAUAAUUUGAACUGUUUUAGUUUGAGUGGGAUGAGAGGAAUGAAAUUUUAAUGUAAUUUUCUAAUUUACUUACUCUUCAUUUAUUUACUGGAUCGAUAUAGUAUUUUAACAGUAUUUAUAGGUAUAUAUUGCCUCGGUUUGCAAGCUGUGGAAAACAUCUGUCAAGGCUUUAAUGAGCAAGAAUUUCACAUGACCACGACUGUUCUGCCAAGAGCAACCGAUUAUGAUGAUAUUAUAACUCACUUAUUUUAAAUUCAUUCAAUUUAGAUAAUGUGUUCGUCAUUGUAAUUUAUAAAUUUGUUAGUUUUGUUAUAAAUGUCCAUAACGUAAACCUUCCCAAUGUAAUCAUUAUUUGUAUAUUUGUUUUUAUAUUUUGUAAAAUAAUACUUAGUUAUUUUAAAGUAUGUGCUUAUUAAGUUAAAAUAACAAUAAAUAAAUAAAAAUAAUUUUCCAAUAAUCAAACCUCAAUCAGUGCCGUCAAAUUGUAUUUGAUAGACCCAAAUAGUUAAAUGUCAAUGUUAAAUUCGUAAUGAUUAAAUUCGUGCAUAUGCCACUAACAAAAUAUUUGUAGAAAACACGGUUUAUAUUUCAACGAUGAUAUUAUCAUGAUUAUAAUCAUAACAAUAGCACCAUGUCGAGGUUAGAUUUUUGCAUGGGACACAAGACGACCUUACCUCCUCGUGUGCUAAGCCAUUUUGGGUACCUGUUGAUCUGAGUCUCCCGGUACUUAAAAUGGAUAGCCGGUGUGUCCUGGGUCACAGUUAGUAACUUUGUAUAAUAUGUCUAACAAACAAAUGGGGAAUCAAUUUCGGCCCAAAUAAAUCAGGUUCUUACGUUUCAUAUGAUGAUCAAUUCUUUUUAUCGAAAAUCUAUUUCGUGGUAAGAAUUAAUAUUAAAAUUUGUUAUCUCAGUUCAGUUGAUUACUUAAAAUGAAUAAGAAGUAACAUUUUCAAAUCUCAGUUAAAAUAUUUGACUCUAUUCCCGUGACAUUAUUAUGCAAUCUUGCUAAUUGUGGGCGAAAUGGGUCGUCCCUAAUCUAAGGUGUGAAACGAACCGUGCCGAUAGAUGCGUGGCUGAGAAGGAGCUCAGUCUUGAACGGUGUGUCUUCGAUACCUGGGCACCUCGAAGAACUAUUAACGCCCUCCUUAUGGCAUGCCAGGCUCUGCUGUUUGUGAAAUUGUAUUCCUGCGCUACUCGUGGGAACUAUAUCGGAGUCAGACAACAAUAACGAAUAUGAUAUGCACUCUUUUAAUGCCAUCCUUGAUGAAAUACCUGGAACAUCAAAGGCAAAAGACGAAGAAUCAAGGAAGGUAGAUUAUCUAACAUCAUCUUCGUCUGCUCGAAGCACUUCGAGUUCUGAUAGUUGGACAGACGCAGAAUCACAUGCAUAUAGUCGUAUUAAGGACUUAAGCGAGGGAGAAAAUGCUAAGAAGAGUAAAUGCAAAACAACAUCAAACCCUACAGAGAAGAGCCGAAAAUAUAAAAGAAACUUAAACCAACAACGAUUAUCUCAGCCUCUGAAUUCUAAAGAAGUACGGCCUACUCGUCCAUCGGUUGUACUUAAGCGCAGAUUGUCUCUGGAUUCAUCUGAACAUUUUCAAAAGACCACUGACAUGUUAAUAGAACGCGAUCAGGAAGAAAUCAAAACGCAAAUGAGAGAGUUAAUCGAGGCUUCAUCUAUUGGAAUCCGCAACAAAUACCCCAUGAGCGAAUACCAAAUGCAAUUGAUUCAUCUAUCUCUCUGUGAUCUUAUUGAAAAUAUAAACAUAAAAGGAUCGGGACCGAGUUUCUCAGGCUUUAUUCACAAAACUGAUUGGAUCAUAAUUGUUUGUGACAAUUCGGAGAGUGAGCGGUGGUUAAAAAAAGCUAUACCUACCUUGAAACCAUGGCCGGACGCAGAAUUGUCUAUUAUAGAAACACGGGACAUACCAAUCAUCAUAACAGGAACCGCAUACAUUCCAUACAGCGAAGCUUUAACUAUCAGUACCGCUUUUCAUUUGUUGAACAUUCAAAAUCGAGGUCUGAACACAGAACACUGGAGAAUGGUGAGUGUUAGGCCUGAAACGUUUGGUCAAACUGUAACAUUCACUCUGGAUCAUGAUUCCUCUGAGGUCUUACGAAGUCUAAACGGUCGCAUCACACUUGGCUUCGAGAAGAUCAAAAUUGAAAUAGAGAGUAAUGUCAGUGAAACUCUAGAUGACCCCGUACCAGGACCUUCGGGAAUCACUCCAAAGCGUCGAAGAACGGAAAAUCUGUAAUAGACAAAUAUUUAAAAACAGCUUUUGCUAUAUUCCGAAAAUCAACGUGUUUUCUGUUUGUGCUAAUACCAAUUCAAAAUUGUUAAACAAAAAAUGGGAUAUCAUGAGUAAACAACAACUUGUAAGCUCACAGUAAAACACGGUUUCUAAACAUCGCAAUUACAACAAACAUAUUGGUUUCAAGUAACAUUUAAUUUAUAUUAAUUAUUUUAUGUUUUAAUUAAUUAUCUGAUUAGAUUAAUAAUAAUAAUUUGAACUGUUUUAGUUUGAGUGGGAUGAGAGGAAUGAAAUUUUAAUGUAAUUUUCUAAUUUACUUACUCUUCGUUUAUUUACUGGAUCGACAUAGUAUUUUAACAGUAUCUAUAUAAUUCACUUAUUUUAAAUUCAUUUAAUCUAGAUAAUGUGUUCGUUAUUGUAAUUUAUACAUUUAUUAGUUUUGUUAUCAAUGUCCAUGGCAUAAAACUUCCCAUUGUAAUCAUUAUUUGUAUAUUUGUUUUUAAAUUUUGUAAAAUAUUAGUUAAUUACUUAUUAUAAAGUAUGUCCUUAUUAUGUUUAAAUAACAAUAAAUAAAUAAAAAUAAUUUUCCAAUAAUCAAACCUCAAUCAAUGCCGUCAAAUUGUAUUUGAUAGACCCAAACAGUUAAAUGUCAAUGUUAAAUUCGUAAUUAUGAAAUUCGUGAAAAUACCACUAACAAAAUAUUUGUAGAAAACACGGUUUAUAUUUCAACGAUGAUAUUAUCAUGAUUAUAAUCAUAACAAGAGUACCAUGUCGAGGUUAGAUUAUUGCACGGGACACAAGACGACCUUACCUCCUCGUGUGCUAAGCCAUUUUGGGUACCUGUUGAUUCGAGUCUCCCGGUACUUAAAAUGGAUAGCCGGUGUGUCCUGAGUCACAGUUAGUAACUUUGUAUAAUAUGUCUAACAAACCAAUGGGGAAUAUAUUUCGGCCCAAAAAAACAUCAGGUUCUUACGUUUCAUAUGAUGAUCAUUUUUUUUUAUCGAAAAUCUAUUUCGUGGUAAGAAUGAAUGUAAAAAUUUGUUAUCUCAGUUCAGUUGAUUACUUAAAAUGAAUAAGAAGUAACAUUUUCAAAUCUCAGUUAAAAUAUUUGCCUCUAUUCCCGUGACAUUAUUAUGCAAUCUUGCUAAUUGUGGGCGAAAUGGGUCGUCCCUAAUCUAAGGUGUGAAACGAACCGUGCCGAUAGAUGCGUGGCUGAGAAGGAGCUCAGUCUUGAACGGUGUGUCUUCGAUACCUGGGCACCUCGAAGAACUAUUAACGCCCUCCUUAUGGCAUGCCAGGCUCUGCUGUUUGUGAAAUUGUAUACCUGCGCUACUCGUGGGAACUAUAUCGGAGUCAGACAACAAUAACGAAUAUGAUAUGCACUCUUUUAACGCCAUCCUUGAUGCAAUACCUGAAACAUCAAAGGCAAAAGACGAAGAAUCAAGGAAGGUAGAUUAUCUAACAUCAUCUUCGUCUGCUCGAAGCACUUCGAGUUCUGAUAGUUGGACAGACGCAGAAUCACAUGCAUAUAGUCGUAUUAAGGACUUAAGCGAAGGAGAAAAUGCUAAGCAGAGUAAACGCAAAGUAACAUCAAACCCUACAGAGAAGAGUCGAAAAUAUAAAAGAAACUUAAACCUACAACGAUUAUCUCAGCGUCUGAAUUCUAAAGAAGUACGACCUACUCGUCCAUCGGUUGUACUUAAGCGCAGAUUGUCUCUGGAUUCAUCUGAACAUUCUCAAAAUACCAUUGACAUGUUAAUAGAACGCGAUCAGGAAGAAAUCAAAACGCCAAUGAGAGAGUUAAUCGAGGCUUCAUCUGUUGGAAUCCGCAACAGAUACCCCAUGAGCGAAUACCAAAUGCAAUUGAUUCAUCUAUCUCUCUGUGAUCUUAUUGAAAAGAUAAACAUAAAAGGAUCGGGACCGAGUUUCUCAGGCUUUAUUCACAAAACUGAUUGGAUCAUAAUUGUUUGUGACAAUUCUGAGAGUGAGCGGUGGUUAAAAAAAGCUAUACCUACCUUGAGACCGUGGCCGGACGCAGAAUUGUCUAUUAUAGAAACACGGGACAUACCAAUCAUCAUAACAGGAACCGCAUACAUUCCAUACAGCGAAGCUUUAACUAUCAGUACCGCUUUUCAUUUGUUGAACAUUCAAAAUCGAGGUCUGAACACAGAACACUGGAGAAUGGUGAGUGUUAGGCCUGAAACGUUUGGUCAAACUGUAACAUUCACUCUGGAUCAUGAUUCCGCUGAGGUCUUACGAAGUCUAAACGGUCGCAUCACACUUGGCUUCGAGAAGAUCAAAAUUGAAAUAGAGAGUAAUGUCAGUGAAACUCUAGAUGACCCCGUACCAGGAACUUCGGGAAUCACUCCAAAGCGUCGAAGAACGGAAAAUCUGUAAUAGACAAAUAUUUAAAAAGAAUUUACAUUACAAUCCGAAAAUUCAACGUGUUUUCUGUUUGUACUAACUAAUACCAAUUCAAAAUUGUUAAACAAAAAAUGGGAUAUCAUGAGUAAACAACAACUUGUAAGCUCACAAUAAAACACGGUUUCUAAACAUCGCAAUUACAACAAACAUAUUGGUUUCAAGUAACAUUUAAUUUAUAUUAAUUAUUUUAUGUUUUAAUUAAUUAUCUGAUUAGAUUAAUAAUAAUAAUUUGAACUGUUUUAGUUUGAGUGGGAUGAGAGGAAUGAAAUUUUAAUGUAAUUUUCUAAUUUACUUACUCUUCAUUUAUUUACUGGAUCGAUAUAGUAUUUUAACAGUAUUUAUAGGUAUAUAUUGCCUCGGUUUGCAAGCUGUGGAAAACAUCUGUCAAGGCUUUAAUGAGCAAGAAUUUCACAUGACCACGACUGUUCUGCCAAGAGCAACCGAUUAUGAUGAUAUUAUAACUCACUUAUUUUAAAUUCAUUCAAUUUAGAUAAUGUGUUCGUCAUUGUAAUUUAUAAAUUUGUUAGUUUUGUUAUAAAUGUCCAUAACGUAAACCUUCCCAAUGUAAUCAUUAUUUGUAUAUUUGUUUUUAUAUUUUGUAAAAUAAUACUUAGUUAUUUUAAAGUAUGUGCUUAUUAAGUUAAAAUAACAAUAAAUAAAUAAAAAUAAUUUUCCAAUAAUCAAACCUCAAUCAGUGCCGUCAAAUUGUAUUUGAUAGACCCAAAUAGUUAAAUGUCAAUGUUAAAUUCGUAAUGAUUAAAUUCGUGCAUAUGCCACUAACAAAAUAUUUGUAGAAAACACGGUUUAUAUUUCAACGAUGAUAUUAUCAUGAUUAUAAUCAUAACAAUAGCACCAUGUCGAGGUUAGAUUAUUGCAUAGGACACAAGACGACCUUACCUCCUCGUGUGCUAAGCCAUUUUGGGUACCUGUUGAUCUGAGUCUCCCGGUACUUAAAAUGGAUAGCCGGUGUGUCCUGGGUCACAGUUAGUAACUUUGUAUAAUAUGUCUAACAAACAAAUGGGGAAUCAAUUUCGGCCCAAAUAAAUCAGGUUCUUACGUUUCAUAUGAUGAUCAAUUCUUUUUAUCGAAAAUCUAUUUCGUGGUAAGAAUUAAUAUUAAAAUUUGUUAUCUCAGUUCAGUUGAUUACUUAAAAUGAAUAAGAAGUAACAUUUUCAAAUCUCAGUUAAAAUAUUUGACUCUAUUCCCGUGACAUUAUUAUGCAAUCUUGCUAAUUGUGGGCGAAAUGGGUCGUCCCUAAUCUAAGGUGUGAAAAGAACCGUGCCGAUAGAUGCGUGGCUGAGAAGGAGCUCAGUCUUGAACGGUGUGUCUUCGAUACCUGGGCACCUCGAAGAACUAUUAACGCCCUCCUUAUGGCAUGCCAGGCUCUGCUGUUUGUGAAAUUGUAUUCCUGCGCUACUCGUGGGAACUAUAUCGGAGUCAGACAACAAUAACGAAUAUGAUAUGCACUCUUUUAAUGCCAUCCUUGAUGAAAUACCUGGAACAUCAAAGGCAAAAGACGAAGAAUCAAGGAAGGUAGAUUAUCUAACAUCAUCUUCGUCUGCUCGAAGCACUUCGAGUUCUGAUAGUUGGACAGACGCAGAAUCACAUGCAUAUAGUCGUAUUAAGGACUUAAGCGAGGGAGAAAAUGCUAAGAAGAGUAAAUGCAAAACAACAUCAAACCCUACAGAGAAGAGCCGAAAAUAUAAAAGAAACUUAAACCAACAACGAUUAUCUCAGCCUCUGAAUUCUAAAGAAGUACGGCCUACUCGUCCAUCGGUUGUACUUAAGCGCAGAUUAUCUCUGGAUUCAUUUGAACAUUCCCCUAAGACCAGUGACAUGUUAAUAGUACGCAAUCAGGAAGAAAUUAAAACGCCAAUGAGAGAGUUAAUCGAGGCUUCUUCUGUUGGAAUCCGCAACAGACACCCCAUGAGCGAAUACCAAAUGCAAUUGAUUCAUCUAUCCCUCUGUGAUCUUAUUGAAAAUAUAAACAUAAAAGGAUCAGGACCGAGUUUCUCAGGCUUUAUUCACAAAAAUGAUUGGAUCAUGAUUGUUUGUGACAAUUCGGAUAGUGAGCGGUGGUUAAAAAAAGCUAUACCUACCUUGAAACCGUGGCCGGAGGCAGAACUGUCUAUUAUAGAAACACGGGAUAUAGCCAACAUCACAACAGGAACCGCAUACAUUCCAUACAGCGAAGCUUUAACUAUCAGUAGCGCUUUUCAUUUGUUGAACAUUCAAAAUCGAGGUCUGAACACAGAACACUGGAAAGUGGUGAGUGUUAGGCCUGAAACGUUUGGUCAAACUAUAACAUUCACUCUGGAUCAUGAUUCCGCUGAGGUCUUACGAAGUCUAAACGGUCGCAUCACACUUGGCUUCGAGAAGAUCAAAAUUGAAAUAGAGAGUAAUGUCAGUGAAACUCCAGAUGACCCCGUACCAGGACCUUCGGGAAUCACUCCAAAGCGUCGAAGAACGGAAAAUCUGUAAUAGACAAAUAUUUAAAAAGAAUUUACAUUACAAUCCGAAAAUUCAACGUGUUUUCUGUUUGUACUAACUAAUACCAAUUCAAAAUUGUUAAACAAAAAAUGGGAUAUCAUGAGUAAACAACAACUUGUAAGCUCACAGUAAAACACGGUUUCUAAACAUCGCAAUUACAACAAACAUAUUGGUUUCAAGUAACAUUUAAUUUAUAUUAAUUAUUUUAUGUUUUAAUUAAUUAUCUGAUUAGAUUAAUAAUAAUAAUUUGAACUGUUUUAGUUUGAGUGGGAUGAGAGGAAUGAAAUUUUAAUGUAAUUUUCUAAUUUACUUACUCUUCAUUUAUUUACUGGAUCGAUAUAGUAUUUUAACAGUAUUUAUAGGUAUAUAUUGCCUCGGUUUGCAAGCUGUGGAAAACAUCUGUCAAGGCUUUAAUGAGCAAGAAUUUCACAUGACCACGACUGUUCUGCCAAGAGCAACCGAUUAUGAUGAUAUUAUAACUCACUUAUUUUAAAUUCAUUCAAUUUAGAUAAUGUGUUCGUCAUUGUAAUUUAUAAAUUUGUUAGUUUUGUUAUAAAUGUCCAUAACGUAAACCUUCCCAAUGUAAUCAUUAUUUGUAUAUUUGUUUUUAUAUUUUGUAAAAUAAUACUUAGUUAUUUUAAAGUAUGUGCUUAUUAAGUUAAAAUAACAAUAAAUAAAUAAAAAUAAUUUUCCAAUAAUCAAACCUCAAUCAGUGCCGUCAAAUUGUAUUUGAUAGACCCAAAUAGUUAAAUGUCAAUGUUAAAUUCGUAAUGAUUAAAUUCGUGCAUAUGCCACUAACAAAAUAUUUGUAGAAAACACGGUUUAUAUUUCAACGAUGAUAUUAUCAUGAUUAUAAUCAUAACAAUAGCACCAUGUCGAGGUUAGAUUAUUGCAUGGGACACAAGACGACCUUACCUCCUCGUGUGCUAAGCCAUUUUGGGUACCUGUUGAUCUGAGUCUCCCGGUACUUAAAAUGGAUAGCCGGUGUGUCCUGGGUCACAGUUAGUAACUUUGUAUAAUAUGUCUAACAAACAAAUGGGGAAUCAAUUUCGGCCCAAAUAAAACAGGUUCUUACGUUUCAUAUGAUGAUCAAUUCUUUUUAUCGAAAAUCUAUUUCGUGGUAAGAAUUAAUAUUAAAAUUUGUUAUCUCAGUUCAGUUGAUUACUUAAAAUGAAUAAGAAGUAACAUUUUCAAAUCUCAGUUAAAAUAUUUGACUCUAUUCCCGUGACAUUAUUAUGCAAUCUUGCUAAUUGUGGGCGAAAUGGGUCGUCCCUAAUCUAAGGUGUGAAACGAACCGUGCCGAUAGAUGCGUGGCUGAGAAGGAGCUCAGUCUUGAACGGUGUGUCUUCGAUACCUGGGCACCUCGAAGAACUAUUAACGCCCUCCUUAUGGCAUGCCAGGCUCUGCUGUUUGUGAAAUUGUAUACCUGCGCUACUCGUGGGAACUAUAUCGGAGUCAGACAACAAUAACGAAUAUGAUAUGCACUCUUUUAACGCCAUCCUUGAUGCAAUACCUGAAACAUCAAAGGCAAAAGACGAAGAAUCAAGGAAGGUAGAUUAUCUAACAUCAUCUUCGUCUGCUCGAAGCACUUCGAGUUCUGAUAGUUGGACAGACGCAGAAUCACAUGCAUAUAGUCGUGUUAAGGAUUUAAGCGAAGGAGAAAAUGCUAAGCAGAGUAAACGCAAAGUAACAUCAAACCCUACAGAGAAGAGUCGAAAAUAUAAAAGAAACUUAAACCAACAACAAUUAUCUCAGCGUCUGAAUUCUAAAGAAGUACGGCCUACUCGUCCAUCGGUUGCACUUAAGCGCAGAUUAUCUCUGGAUUCAUCUGAACAUUCUCAAAAGACCACUGACAUGUUAAUAGAACGCGAUCAGGAAGAAAUCAAAACGCUAAUAAGAGAGUUAAUCGAGGCUUCAUUUGUUGGAAUCCGCAACAGACACCCCAUGAGCGAAUACCAAAUGCAAUUGAUUCAUCUAUCUCUCUGUUAUCUUAUUGAAAAUAUAAACAUAAAAGGAUCGGGACCGAGUUUCUCAGGCUUUAUUCACAAAACUGAUUGGAUCAUAAUUGUUUGUGACAAUUCGGAGAGUGAGCGGUGGUUAAAAAAAGCUAUACCUACCUUGAAACCAUGGCCGGACGCAGAAUUGUCUAUUAUAGAAACACGGGACAUACCAAUCAUCAUAACAGGAACCGCAUACAUUCCAUACAGCGAAGCUUUAACUAUCAGUACCGCUUUUCAUUUGUUGAACAUUCAAAAUCGAGGUCUGAACACAGAACACUGGAGAAUGGUGAGUGUUAGGCCUGAAACGUUUGGUCAAACUGUAACAUUCACUCUGGAUCAUGAUUCCGCUGAGGUCUUACGAAGUCUAAACGGUCGCAUCACACUUGGCUUCGAGAAGAUCAAAAUUGAAAUAGAGAGUAAUGUCAGUGAAACUCUAGAUGACCCCGUACCAGGACCUUCGGGAAUCACUCCAAAGCGUCGAAGAACGGAAAAUCUGUAAUAGACAAAUAUUUAAAAAGAGCUUUUGCUAUAUUCCGAAAAUCAACGUGUUUUCUGUUUGUGCUAAUACCAAUUCAAAAUUGUUAAACAAAAAAUGGGAUAUCAUGAGUAAACAACAACUUGUAAGCUCACAGUAAAACACGGUUUCUAAACAUCGCAAUUACAACAAACAUAUUGGUUUCAAGUAACAUUUAAUUUAUAUUAAUUAUUUUAUGUUUUAAUUAAUUAUCUGAUUAGAUUAAUAAUAAUAAUUUGAACUGUUUUAGUUUGAGUGGGAUGAGAGGAAUGAAAUUUUAAUGUAAUUUUCUAAUUUACUUACUCUUCAUUUAUUUACUGGAUCGAUAUAGUAUUUUAACAGUAUUUAUAGGUAUAUAUUGCCUCGGUUUGCAAGCUGUGGAAAACAUCUGUCAAGGCUUUAAUGAGCAAGAAUUUCACAUGACCACGACUGUUCUGCCAAGAGCAACCGAUUAUGAUGAUAUUAUAACUCACUUAUUUUAAAUUCAUUCAAUUUAGAUAAUGUGUUCGUCAUUGUAAUUUAUAAAUUUGUUAGUUUUGUUAUAAAUGUCCAUAACGUAAACCUUCCCAAUGUAAUCAUUAUUUGUAUAUUUGUUUUUAUAUUUUGUAAAAUAAUACUUAGUUAUUUUAAAGUAUGUGCUUAUUAAGUUAAAAUAACAAUAAAUAAAUAAAAAUAAUUUUCCAAUAAUCAAACCUCAAUCAGUGCCGUCAAAUUGUAUUUGAUAGACCCAAAUAGUUAAAUGUCAAUGUUAAAUUCGUAAUGAUUAAAUUCGUGCAUAUGCCACUAACAAAAUAUUUGUAGAAAACACGGUUUAUAUUUCAACGAUGAUAUUAUCAUGAUUAUAAUCAUAACAAUAGCACCAUGUCGAGGUUAGAUUAUUGCAUGGGACACAAGACGACCUUACCUCCUCGUGUGCUAAGCCAUUUUGGGUACCUGUUGAUCUGAGUCUCCCGGUACUUAAAAUGGAUAGCCGGUGUGUCCUGGGUCACAGUUAGUAACUUUGUAUAAUAUGUCUAACAAACAAAUGGGGAAUCAAUUUCGGCCCAAAUAAAUCAGGUUCUUACGUUUCAUAUGAUGAUCAAUUCUUUUUAUCGAAAAUCUAUUUCGUGGUAAGAAUUAAUAUUAAAAUUUGUUAUCUCAGUUCAGUUGAUUACUUAAAAUGAAUAAGAAGUAACAUUUUCAAAUCUCAGUUAAAAUAUUUGACUCUAUUCCCGUGACAUUAUUAUGCAAUCUUGCUAAUUGUGGGCGAAAUGGGUCGUCCCUAAUCUAAGGUGUGAAACGAACCGUGCCGAUAGAUGCGUGGCUGAGAAGGAGCUCAGUCUUGAACGGUGUGUCUUCGAUACCUGGGCACCUCGAAGAACUAUUAACGCCCUCCUUAUGGCAUGCCAGUCUCUGCUGUUUGUGAAAUUGUAUACCUGCGCUACUCGUGGGAACUAUAUCGGAGUCAGACAACAAUAACGAAUAUGAUAUGCACUCUUUUAAUGCCAUCCUUGAUGAAAUACCUGGAACAUCAAAGGCAAAAGACGAAGAAUCAAGGAAGGUAGAUUAUCUAACAUCAUCUUCGUCUGCUCGAAGCACUUCGAGUUCUGAUAGUUGGACAGACGCAGAAUCACAUGCAUAUAGUCGUGUUAAAGAUUUAAGCGAAGGAGAAAAUGCUAAGCAGAGUAAACGCAAAGUAACAUCAAACCCUACAGAGAAGAGUCGAAAAUAUAAAAGAAACUUAAACCUACAACGAUUAUCUCAGCGUCUGAAUUCUAAAGAAGUACGACCUACUCGUCCAUCGGUUGUACUUAAGCGCAGAUUGUCUCUGGAUUCAUCUGAACAUUCUCAAAAUACCAUUGACAUGUUAAUAGAACGCGAUCAGGAAGAAAUCAAAACGCCAAUGAGAGAGUUAAUCGAGGCUUCUUCUGUUGGAAUCCGCAACAGAUACCCCAUGAGCGAAUACCAAAUGCAAUUGAUUCAUCUAUCUCUCUGUGAUCUUAUUGAAAAGAUAAACAUAAAAGGAUCGGGACCGAGUUUCUCAGGCUUUAUUCACAAAACUGAUUGGAUCAUAAUUGUUUGUGACAAUUCGGAGAGUGAGCGGUGGUUAAAAAAAGCUAUACCUACCUUGAAACCAUGGCCGGACGCAGAACUGUCUAUUAUAGAAACACGGGACAUACCAAUCAUCAUAACAGGAACCGCAUACAUUCCAUACAGCGAAGCUUUAACUAUCAGUACCGCUUUUCAUUUGUUGAACAUUCAAAAUCGAGGUCUGAACACAGAACACUGGAAAGUGGUGAGUGUUAGGCCUGAAACGUUUGGUCAAACUAUAACAUUCACUCUGGAUCAUGAUUCCGCUGAGGUCUUACGAAGUCUAAACGGUCGCAUCACACUUGGCUUCGAGAAGAUCAAAAUUGAAAUAGAGAGUAAUGUCAGUGAAACUCUAGAUGACCCCGUACCAGGACCUUCGGGAAUCACUCCAAAGCGUCGAAGAACGGAAAAUCUGUAAUAGACAAAUAUUUAAAAAGAGCUUUUGCUAUAUUCCGAAAAUUCAACGUGUUUUCUGUUUGUGCUAAUACCAAUUCAAAUUUGUUAAACAAAAAAUGGGAUAUCAUAACUAAACAACAACUUGUAAGCUCACAGUAAAACACAGUUUCUAAGCAUCGCAAUUGAUGCAUAAAAAACAACAAACAUGUUGGUCCAAGCAACAUUUUAUUUAAAUAAAGUUCCUUCAAAUGUGGUCAUAACUAAGAUUUUGUAUUUAAUUUUAAUUAUUUUAUAAUUCAAUUAACUAUCUGAUUAGAUUAUUUAUGAUAAUAUGAACUGUUUUAGUUUUAAUGAGAUGAAAAGAUUGAAAUGUAAUUUUCUAAUUUACUUACAUACUCUAAAAUUUUUUUCAAUAACUCACUAUUUUUAAUUUCAUUUAAUUUAGAUAAUGUAUUCGUCAUUGUAAUUUAUAAAUUUGUUAGUUUUGUUAUAAAUGUCCGUGACAUAAAGCUUUCUAAUGUUAUAAUUAUUUGUAUAUUCAUUUUCAUGUUUUGUAAAAUAAAACUUAAUUAGUGAUUUUAAAGUAUGUGCUUAUUAAGUUAAAAUAACAAUAAAUAAAUAAAAUUGUUUUCCAAUAAUCAAACCUCAAUCAGUGCCGUCAAAUUGUAUUUGAAAGACCCAAAUAGUUAAAUGUCAAUGUUAAACUCGUAAUUAUGAAAUUCGUGAGUAUGCCACUAACAAAAUAUUUGUAGAAAACACGGUUUAUAUUUAAACGAUGAUAUUAUCACGAUUAUAAUCAUAACAAUAGUACCAUGUCGAGGUUAGAUUAUUGCAU